CUUUUUCACUUUUUCGCUUGCUUUUUAAUUUUUUGUUUCGAUAAUUUAAAUUAAUUUAAUCAUUUUUAGUUGUCGAUUCGCGUUUAUUGGUUUCAAUUACACUAUUUUGUCGGUAAAUAAUCGACGUACUUGGUGAUUUUAGAAGUAUUCGAACUUAUAGCUAGCAAGAUGAAUGCGCAGAAAAGGAAAAUAUCUCAGAAUGAUUUACGCCUUCUCAUGAUGGAGAAAAAACGUAAACUUUCAGAAAUGAAAAAGAAGAUCGACUCACCGCUAGCAAAGUAUUUGAGCGAUGGUACUCUUAUGUGUAUCAUUUGCAACUCUCCAGUGAAGAAUGAAACUCUUUGGCCCGUACAUAUCAACGCGAAACAACACAGAGACAAUAUUGCUAAGAAGAGAGCAGCUCAAAAGGAAACUCAACAACCGGUGGCUGUAUCCAACGUCAGUGCUAAAGUUAUCUCAAAAGAACCGAUUCCCGUUACCACGCCCGUGGAGCCGAUGAAAGUUAAAGGUAUUCUGAAAAAUAAACAGACCGAAUAUGUUAACCAAACACCUUCAUAUUCAAGUUCUUUCCAAAACACGUCGAGUAAUGAUACUAGCUGCCAAAUGGAAGUUGACGUUGAACCGGAUAGUGGACCAGCGAAUGAAAUACCAGAAGGAUUUUUCGAUGAUCCGAUUCAAGAUGCCAAAGCUAGAAAUAUUGAUUACAAAGAUCCCAUCGAAGAAGAAUGGGAAAGAUUUAAAAAAGAAAUCCAAGAAGAAAACGCUGUUUCCGAACAAAUCGCUGAAGAGGAUCAAGAUCAAGCGUUGGUAGAUCGAGAAAUUGAAAUUAUCGACGAAAAUAUGUAUAACUGGUCAAGAGUUCGCGAACUCGAAGUACAACUUGAGAAAGUACAACAGGAGAAAUCAGCUAGGAAAAAUGUUGUUAAUCAGUCGACGAAAGAUGAUAGUGACCAUGAUUCAUCGUAUGGUAGUGAAGAGGAAUUCGACGAGUAUAUCGAUUGGAGAUCGAAACGAUCUUUCAAGUAACUUCAGAUUUUGUUGAUAAAUUUCUUCGAAUAUUUAAUACUUGUAUUCCUUCAUUGACUUGCUCGAUGCCUUGUUUUAAGAUCAAAAUAUCCCAAUGUUGUAUUUUAUUGAGCAUAUUGCCAUGUGUUUGAAUCAGUUCAUAUUUUUUUUAAGAAACUAGGAAUGAAACGUAUAUUGAAUUUGACAUAGUUACUUACUCGAUAGAUCCCAGUACACGAUGAAUGUCAAAUCAUUUGUUGUACUGUAGUUGGAAUAUUUACUUAUUCAUUAUGAAGAAGAAAUCAAAAACUACUUCGCUGUAGUUUUUUUUCAGGAUCUUUUUUGGUAAUAAACAGUACCUAAUGCUCGUUUGAAAAAAAAAUUGCUGCAACAAAUAUUUUUCUGGUUAAUGAACCCAUCUUUACAAAUUAUUUUCAUGAUGCUGCUCAUUUUCGGAUAUUUUUCGACUUUCUUCUCCUUGAAAGCAUCCUCGCUAUUGAAGCUCAUUUAUUAUUACGUGCGGUCGAGCUUGAAAAAUAUCCGUAUUUCGUAUGAUUAUAUUCCGCUUGUGUAGAACCUAAGGUCAGUUUUUCUCGGGAAAUUGACUAUAUCGGUAUCUAAAUAGAUUAAACAUAUGUAAAGUAAAUAGCUGCAUAAAUUCAAUACAUAUUUUUUAAACAUUUUGUGCUAUGUAUGAAAUUUUCCAUGUACAUAAUAAUUAUGUACAUUUGUUUCUGUAUGGUUCAUUGAAUUACAUAAAUGAUAAUUCUUUUCGUA